AUGCCCCUUACUGUCGCUCAGCAAAUCACCGAGUCAUUCGAACGCUCAAUCGCCCUGUCCACCAACGAUUCCGUUAAGCUCAGGAGAUCGACACGCCCUCGCCGCCCAUCAGCUCGCAAGGUUCUCUCCGAUGCAUCUGAAGCCGAAGCCGACGCCGAAACUGAAGCCAGCUCACGAGCGCCAAGCCGGGUCCCCACUCCCACUCCCGCCCGCUCCUCGGCAUCCUCCAGCCGCAAAGCAAAAGAGAAGUCAAGAAAACAACUCUUCGGCUCCCGAGGCGCACGGCCUGGGCGUAUCACCCAACCAAUUGUCAAUCUUGGGACAGCGAGCAACCAUGGCUCGCCGGAGCCGAUUGCUGCAACCGAACCCCACCUUGGCGAUACGGUCUUGGAGACGCAAGGUGGUGGCGUCUACCAAAUCGUUCAUAUCAGCCGGGAAGAGGCUGUCUGCCGCGCGACGAAUUUCCUCCACAAGGACGCCUUGGAUUUGUCCGACGAAUCACUCAACAAAGUCCCUGAAGAAAUCAACGCGUUGGACGAAGAGGGUCGUGCGAGUCCCAUGGAUGCUGAGGGGGGAGACGCUCCGGCACAACUUGGAUCGGCCGAGCAAGAGGUCUUGGGCGGUGGAUACCAGUCACCCGCCGAAGGAGUUACCGCUCACACCGGCUCGAACGGCGCGCAGCCAGCGGAGGAACCAGCUCUAGCCGAGCCACCAGUCGAGGAUUCGGCCACGGAACCUGAGGAGGAAGAGGAGGCAGUUGAACUCGGGCCCGGUGAUUCCGUAUCCCAGCAACCACCUGUUGGCCCGCGUACCUUCCACCCCAAAGCGACCACCCCAUAUCUCCGCCCAGCCCUAAAACCCCUGGCCCCUCCACAUCGCCGCUCCUCCAAAAUCCCUACCCCUCGCCAACAAAUGAUCUGGGUGGUUGACCCCCAAAAUAAGAAGUCGAAUCCAAAUCCUAUCGAUGAAUCGGACGAGCAGACCGUGCCCGCGCAUAAGCGACAGCGGUUUACGCAAUUGCAGCAACACACUUCAUCCCCGCGCUCGCAGUCAUUACAGCGCACCCUACCACCUCAAUUCAGUAUCAUUCAUCCAACAACGUUGAAGGCCCAGACCUUGCCGCUCCAAGCUGCGCGCCACAUCCCUCCGCGCUCAAAGCCUCCCCCCACGUCCAACGUCCUCUCAGCACUGACUUGGGCAGUGGAGUUUGCCAAGCAGGCGGCCCAGUCUCGCGCCUCGAGCAGUCAAGGGGCAAGCGCGUCGCAGGACGAAUUUGGCCUUCUGGCUCAAGUUCUUGGCAAGCUGCAGUCGAAUUUGGCCGAUUCCUCCCUGCCACUUCAACCAAAGGUCCGGUACCUUUCGGAUCUCCCUCCACCACAUGUGCUGUUGAACGACAGCGUUGCGAGACUCGAGGCUGAGGCCGCUCUUGUUCUCGGCAAACAUAUUCGCCCGCGUAACAAGCCUGUACUGGCCGAUUUCCCCGGUCUGCCGCGGCAUAUUGCUUCGCUAGCAAUCCCUGAGUUGAUUGCAACCGCCAUGGCCAAAGGGGCUUACGAGACAUCCAGCACCAACGACGAAUGGGCGGUUCGGAUAUUCAAGGAGAUUGGUGCACGUAUAGCAGGGGACGAAGACGUCCAAGAUCCUCCUCGGGCACUUAGGGGAUUGAUGAUCCGCCGUAUCUCCUGCUUCCGCGGAGACACAAUCAACAAGCUGCGGCCGAUUACGGCUUUUCGAUUUGGCUUCAUCAACGCGCCAACCACAAUUCAAGACCUACGUCACAAUAUCAACCUGGCAAAGUCGUUGUUGCCAAACUCAUUUCACUGCCGCGAUCCUGCUAGGAACAAAGAUCCAUACGAAAACCCCAACUUCAAGGAAUUUAUUGCGGCCGUGCUCUUUCACAACCCUGACGCGCUUGGCGUGGUGUACCACACCAAGUUUGAUCCCAUGCCGCUGCCAACAAUUGCGUUCUUCCUCACCGCCAUGCAACACACAAUUGAAGAGUGGAAACCUGGGCACCGCGUUGAGAAAGAACUUGAUGCAAAAGUACAACUGAAGAUGUACGAAUCGCACUAUCGGGGCUUGCUUGCAUACCAGGAAGAGGCGUCCAACCGUUUCCAAGAUUUUCAAGACAAUCUAUUCCGGUAUGGCAUUGACUAUGCCGGUGUGUCCCAGGAAUUGGCCGAACCAUACCAGCCCAUCACUCGUGCUGCCGACAUCCGACCAGACUCGCCAACCACUAAGGCACGCGCCAAGGGCAAAGCACAGGCUGUGCAGUAA